AUGAGCGAAAAACACCACGCAGACUACACCAACUUUAAUGCCACUGACAGAUCCGAGGCUCUUCAGCUUCUGAUUGAUUCAUAUGAAGCCCUAGCUAUGGACCAAAGGAAUUGGGUUUGUAACUUGGCUAAUGCUGCUUCAUUGCUUUGGCAUGCAUACAAAUCCUUAAACGUCAACGUAAAUUGGACGGGGUUUUAUAUAAGAAAUGGUGAAAAAGAGCAACUAUUACUGGGACCAUUUCAAGGAAAAGUCGCUUGUCAGACAAUAGAUUUUGGCAGAGGUGUUUGUGGUAUUGCUGCAAGUUCACAAGAAACACAGUUAGUACCAGAUGUAGACAAAUUUCCAGGACACAUUGCAUGCGAUGGUGAGACUAAGAGUGAGAUUGUUGUUCCAAUUGUGUCUCAGAGCGGUAAAACUCUAGGUGUUAUUGAUUUAGAUUGUCUUGAUUUUGAAGGGUUCACUGAUGUCGAUAAAGAAUAUCUUGAAAAGCUGGCAUUGGCAAUUACCAAGAGUUGUGACUUCUAA